GUUAGUCAGCCUAUUAUUCAUAAGAGGAAUAGUGCACAUGACUUCUUGAUUCUAAACUGGUAGGUAGAAAAGUUAACUUUGUCAAUCAAAGGUACUGAUAUUCUUUUUUGUGUCAACUAUGUUGAGGCUCCAAGGCUUGAACUUUGUCAAUCAAAGGUACUGAUAUUCUUUUUUGUGUCAACUAUGUUGAGGCUCCAAGGCUUGAACUUUGUCAAUCAAAAAUCCAGGCUAUUUUUUUUAAUCAUUUGCUCCCAAUUUCUCUUUAUGUUACUAACUUCUGCAGCAUUAGACACAAUCACUACAGAUAAAUCCAUUAGAGAUGGUGACACAAUUGUUUCAGCUGGAGGGGUUUAUGAACUUGGAUUUUUCAGCCCUGGAAAUUCCAAGAAUCGCUACGUUGGCAUAUGGUACAAGAAGAUAGCACCUAGAACUGUUGUUUGGGUUGCAAAUAGAGAUAUUCCACUGAAUGACACUUCAGGAGUGUUAACACUUAAACCCAAUGGGAUUCUUGUACUUGUUGAUGGUUCCAAUGUCUCAAUUUGGUCAUCAAACUCAUCAAGAUCCUUAAAGAAUCCAAAAGCGCGGCUCCUGGAUUCAGCGAACCUUGUUAUCAGUGAUGGAAAUGACAGAGACCAGGGAAUUAAUUUCGCGUGGCAGAGUUUUGAUUAUCUAGGAGAUACUUUAUUACCUGGCAUGAAGAUAGGAAAAGACUUGGUCACAGGCCUGGAUCGGUAUGUAACAUCAUGGAAGAGCACGGAUGAUCCUGCUCCUGGUGAAUAUGUAGACCUUGUUGAUUCACAUGGAUACCCGCAAAUGUUAUUGUUCCGAAAUUCAUCUAUAGUAUUUAGCUCAGGGCCAUGGAAUGGUCUUGCAUUUACUAGUAGUCCUAGUAAUAAACCGACUUUAUACUACACUUUCGAGUAUGUCAUCAAUCAACAGGAAAUUUUCUACAAAUACGAGCUUAAGAAUGACUCGAUGCCCACCAGGGUGGUGCUCAAACCGGAUGGCGUGAUAGAACAGCUAAUAUGGAUUGAGAAGAGUCACAGCUGGCUUCUCUACUUGACAGCACAACUUGAUAAUUGUGAUCGUUUUGCUUUAUGUGGUCCGUAUGCAAUUUGCAAUAUCAAUAACUCCCCUCCAUGUGACUGCCUGCGAGGUUUCGAGCCUAGGUAUCCUCAAGACUCCACAGCAGACUGGUCUACUGGUUGUGUAAGGAGAACUACUUUGGAAUGUAACCAAGAUGGUUUUCUUGAGUUUUCGGGCAUCAAAAUACCGGAUUCUAGAAACUCUUGGUAUAACGAGACCAUGAACCUUGAAGACUGCAAGAAAAUGUGCUUAGCUGAUUGCAAUUGUACAGCCUACUCAGAUCUUGAUGUUAGAAAUGGCGGAAGUGGAUGUUUACUAUGGUUUGGUGAGCUCAUAGAUAUAAGAGAGUUCAGCCAAAAUGAUCAAAACCUCUACGUGCGAGUAGCUGCUUCAGAAUUAGACAAGACGCGAAGGAGGAAGAGGUUAGCCCUAAUUGUUGUUAUGUCAGCAGUGGUAGCAACAUUUAUCCUCAGCUUUUUAGCUUGGUUUUCCAUCAAAAGAAGGAAAAGAAGAAGAGGUUCAGAAAUCCAAAAUGACGACAUAGAGCUUCCAUUGUUUGAUUUAGUUACUGUUACAAGUGCCACUGAGAACUUCUCUUCUGCUAAUGUGAUUGGGGAGGGUGGCUUUGGACCGGUUUACAAGGGUAUCCUACCAAGUGGGCAAGAGAUAGCAGUAAAGAGGCUAUCGAAGUAUUCUGGACAAGGCAUUCAAGAGUUAAAAAAUGAAAUUGUUCUCAUUUCCAAGCUGCAACAUAGGAACCUUGUCAAGCUAUUGGGUUGCUGCCUUGAAGGAGAAGAAAGGAUGUUAAUCUACGAGUUUAUGCCCAAUGCUAGCUUGGACUAUUUCAUUUUCGUUCUACAUUGUGCAGAUCCAAGCAGAAAAGCGCCACUUGCAUGGAAGAACCGAUUUGAAAUUACUAUGGGAAUUUCUCGAGGUCUUCUUUACCUUCACCAGGAUUCAAGAUUAAGAAUUAUUCACAGAGAUCUCAAGACCAACAACAUUUUAUUAGAUAGUGACAUGAAUGCCAAAAUUUCUGACUUCGGCCUUGCCAAAGUUUUUGGUGCAGACCAAGUUGAAGGAAAAACUAAGAGAGUAAUAGGGACAUAUGGAUAUAUGUCUCCGGAGUAUGCUGUUGAUGGGAAAUAUUCAGUAAAAUCAGAUGUAUUCAGUAUCGGCGUAAUCAUUCUUGAAAUAGUUAGUGGCAAAAGGAACAGGAAAUUUCGUCAUUUGGAUCAUCAUCACAAUCUAUUGGGACAUGCAUGGUUACUUUGGACGGAAGGAAAAGCGUUGGAGCUGAUGGAUGAAUGUUUGAAAGAACCAUUUUCAGAAUCUCAAGUGUUGAGAUGCAUCCAGGUUGGUUUGUUGUGUGUCCAAAAACUCCCAGAGGAUAGGCCAACAAUGGCAUCAGUAGUUUUCUGGUUAGGCAAUGAAGGUCUAUUUCUUCCUCAACCAAAGCAACCUGGUUUUUUUAUAGAGAGGAAUUCAAUGGAAUCAACAGAGUCAACUGACAAAGUAUGUGUAAGUAACAGCGCGUCGAUAACAGUUCUAGAGCCAAGAUAGACAUAAUCUCCCAAUUAAUUGAAAUGGAUUCACUUUGUAUUGAUUGAUUAAUUGAAAUGGAUUCACUGUGUACAGUUAGUUUAAUGCCAAUGUUCUUAUCAAGAGUUCAAGUAAGAAAAUCAUAUUCGCAGCAUGUUAAAACUUGUCUUAUUGUUUUAACUUACUAUAAUAUUAUAAGGUGACUUCACAAUGUGAAAGGAAAAAAGUAUGAAAUGAGUGUGUCAAUAUCAUGAACGCUGAAAUUGGAGGAAGUAUCCUUUUUCCAUUACUCCAUUUUCCAUAUCCAAAGUAUAACCUUUUUUUUUAUUUUCCACCCGGUGCCCGAUAUCCAUAUUGGAUCCCGAUUAACCUGCAUUUGUGUCGGGAAAUCUCACUAUGGGGGAAUACAGUGUUUUCCGCUAAAGGCGACUCCAUACCAAGUCUCAAACACGAGACCUCUGAUUGAGGACGGAGAAUUACUUAUCACUCCAUCACAAUUUCUGGUGAAAAGUAUAAUAAGUCCUAUUCUUUUUCAUUGUGUCACUUUAAUUAAAAAAAAAAUGGUCCAAAUAUUAUUUGUGUCACGAUCCGAACCGGAGCCCUGGCCGUGACGAGUAUUUCGAACCAUAAAGGCCCAAAACACCCCUAUCUAUCGGGUAAUCAUGCACAUGACUUAUCUGACAAAAGAAAAGCGGAAGAUACACAAUAUAACGGAAACAUGGUUAAGAAUCAUAUGAAAACAGUAAUGGGGAAUAAUGUCCCACAAUUCUCAAUCAACAUCUCAAAAACGUCUGCGAAAUCUUUACUACAUGACUGAAGCAAAUAACUAUCUGAAAACUGGGACAAGGCCCCCAGUAGACCCAAAACUACUAAAUGAUAAAUGAACUGACAGACAUCAGGCCUUCCGAAAUAUAGAAGGCUCACCACUUGAUUCUGCAAAUCUGUCGGAAGAGAUCUACUGGUUAUCUGGACCCCUAGACUGUGCCUCCGAACCUGGAAGGGAAGGGGGUCAAUACAAAAGUACGGUACACAGAGAAAUCAAAACAAAAUACAAUAUUUUUACAAAAUAUAGGUGAGAGCCAGUAUAAAGUAGUUUCGUAUCAAAUCAUUCGAAAACACAUGGACAUAAUGUAAUAGUUUUCAACAACAAUGUAAUGCAGCUGAGCUAGGUGGAAUACCCUACAUAUAACAUUUACACCAACUGUCAAACCUCAGUUGCCGCCGAGAUUAGGGUAUAAGUGAGGGGAAGACACACAAGAUCACACAGCAGGGUGUCUCGACCCAAUAAAGUAUGGUAGUGCACAAGAUCACAAAGCAGGGCUCCUAACCAUAGUCCCAAUUUGGGAAUGACAUAAAGUCAGGUACACAAGAUCACUUAGCCUGGUUCCAAAUUCCCAUGUCGGCAAACACGAUUUCUAACGAUGAGCCCUUACACUCAAACGCCUUCUUCGGGCAUCUACCUAUCUCGUAUAAAAAUAAUGCAUUCAACUCCAUUUAAUUCAACCACAUAUCUUAUUCUGUAGGGUAUAUCGACUUGCAAGCCAUCAAUAUCACAUCAUUACUUCAUGCAACCAUUAUAUUCAUCAUAUUUCAACAUAAUAAUCCUUUCCUUGCAAGUCAAAAAUCAUAUCCACUUUCAAAAUAGUUCAUGUCAUGCUUGUCAAGAUGAUUUCUAACAAUUCACAUCAUAUGAAAAUUCAAAACAAUUUCAUAUCAAGAGAGGGGUUUCAUAUAAUUCAUGCUCUCAAGUUAACAUCUUUUGAAUCACAAGCAUAUGCAUAUAUAAUAUAUCAAAUCACUUCGGAAAUAGGCUUAAAGACCAAAUUAAUAUUAUAAAGAUGCUUAAAACAUGUUUAUAUUCAUAAUUUCAAAACGCCCAUUUUUAAAACAUGAAUAUUUUUAAGCCCAUGAGAUUUUUAAGAUAACCCCACGUAUCUCUAUAUGCGAAAAUAACAGAUGCUUCUUGAAGCUUACCAUCUGGGGAUUCCAAAUCUCCAGUUUGUUUCGAAUUCCCAUGGUUGAAUCUUGAGUUACUAGAGAUAAUUGGAUUGGAAUUAUAGAAAGGAAACCCUAAUUCUUGCAAUGGAAGAGAGAAAAA